CUGGUUUUCGCGUAUUCCCGAGCCAAGCCGCAUACCGGCAUGGGAGCAACCCUAUCGUCCCAUGGACUAGCCGAUGAACACCUUCGGUCCCUCGUAACUGAGUACACGACUCAGUCCCUCAAGACCGUGGAGGAAUGCUGGCAAAUCUUCGUGGACGAGGCGCACUCGGCUCGAUCGUUGACGUACGUUCAGUUUGACGAAGUGUUUGGGAUGCUGCUGCAAGACACGUUGCCUCACUAUGCGCUCUUCGAGUCCCUGACAAACGGCACGGCUGGAGCGAACGGCUUUGAAGUGCUCGUGGGAAUCUGCUUGGCAUUGCGCGUAGAUUUAAAGCUCAAACUGCACUUUAUCUUUCGCAUGUAUAUGUGCGCUAACCACGAAAACUUCAUUGAAAGCACCACAAAGUUGCUGAUUUACCGCGAUUGUGUCAAUGCUGUUACUCGCAUGCUUCGCCUAUCCGAGCCGCCGUCGACGGAAAUCACCAACGCCAUGGAGAUGGCCCUCCGAGCCACGGACGACACCAAACCGUUGGUCACGCUCAAGGAAGCGAUCGAGUAUUCGCUCACCCAGCCGUUCGUGUGUUCGUUCUUUGAAGAGUUGCAAUCGCUGUUUACGGGCCUCGUCACAGAGGACAAGGCCAUGACGUUCUUCCAAAACUCCGAGUUGCUGGAAGAUGCCUCGGCGGCCACGUUUUUUGUCGCAGAUUGCACCAAUGACCCUGACGUGUUGUGGUCCACCAAGAUUCGAGAUGUUGGUGGCCAGACCCUGUACAACGACGACAUGUUCCACAUGCCCGACGAUGUCCAGUGCUUUUUAGCGCUCAAGGAACUGCAGCUGCGACGACGUCGCGUCGCCCUUGUCUAUGAACACCAUCGCGUGGGAAAAGCCGGCGAUCGGGUGUAUUCUGGCCUCGUCGAUUAUGAAACCUUUGCCAGAUGCUUGUUGGCAGUACUGCCACCCCUCGAAGUCAACUGCAAGUCCACCGGGUCGUACAUGGUCAACAUGUCCAAGUUGCCUGACAUCGAACUGGUCAAGAUGGAAGGUCAGAUCGCUGACGCCGGCAGAAAGUUCGCGGCCAUGAGUCUGCGCGAAGUGCUUCAACUGGCUCGAGACAGCAACGAGUUUGUGCCAAGUGGCCAGCCAACGGGGUUGCGGGUGUCAUAUGCAGACGACUACCUGUUCAACCUCGUGCAUCGAUUCGCCACAUUUGAGAGUUACGUUCCAGUGGCGCCCAGCCCCAAGCACCCGACGCCCAUCCUGGGCAUCCUCACGCCGUUUGACGUGGUCCGGUUCAUGUUGGAAGACCUGUCGCUUUUGAAUGGCAAGCAAGAGUGGCCCGUCGCCAAGUUGGAGUGUGUGGCAAAGCCGCUAAGCAUGCAUCGGUCCACCGCAAGCAUGUACGAAGCGUUCUACCUGCUUCGUGCCAAACACAUGUCUGGCAUGCUGCUGCUCAACGACAUGGACCACGAGCUGUCGUCGUUCGGGUGGCAAGAGAUCCUCGAACUGGUCGAGUGCUGGCCGUCCAAGUUGAACUUUGUCGUCGAAUUUCCCGUGCCGUUGCCGCCGGCGAUCACCCCCUCCGUGAGCCUUCCGCACUUUAGCAACUUGGUGUUUCCGAUCGUUCACGUGUUAAAGAACAACCCCCCCGUGACCGUCCCCCCCAUGACCUCUGUCGCCAGGGCCCUUCAAGUGUUUUUUGCCCAGCGCGUGACUCGGUUGUAUAUCAUGGAGGAGCAUGGCAACCCUCAACAUAUUGGCGUGCUGCGCUUGGUGGACGUGAUGCGGCUGUUGCUUUCCGAGCAAAAGCAUGUUGGAAACCGCGAAUAUUAACGUACACUAAUCGGUGCGAUCGAUAGAAAUAUAUAUAUAUAUUUACUUCAG